AUGACUUCUAUGGAUGAUUCAAAGCGUUCAUUAGUGGUUAUGGCUGAUUCAAGAGUUCGCAAGAAUGCAUCAGAACCAAUCAAUACAUACUCAUUCAUUCGUGGAAGUUAUGAUUCAACAUUAACCAGAACAGUGAAUGAUAUAUUAAAUGAUUUGAAUAUUAAGGUAAGAGUUGAACAGAAGAAUGAAGAAAUAAAGAGUAUAAUGAAUGAAAACAAAGAUGUAAACAUUGACGAUAAACUUGCCCAGAGCAUAGUUGAUGGCAUCAGUGAUUUUGAAGUACAUAAUGACGGUGGAAACAUGAAUUUAGAAAAAGAAGUUACAUUAUUCACACUGUUUCAAGCUAUUAAUUCGUUACCUAAUCAUUUAAUUAAUGAAGCAUACGACAACGUUUAUAACUUCUGCAAUUUAACAGAAAAUGCAAAAAGUAAUUUUGAAAAAGCACGUAGUAGAUAUGCACAUUUAAUGACUUCUCCAUUUGUUUUGGUGAAGAUUCUAAAACUUUAUCAAAAGGAAUAUUAUGAUGAAUAUGUUUUACCUUUAUUACGUAAGCCAAAAAUAACAUUUGAUAUCAAACUUGAUGACUCGUUUUUGAUAACAGAUAUUAGACGCAAGGCUGAAAAUCAUCA